GUUGCCAUGCCAAACCAAGUAUAGUGAGAAGCCGGGAUAUAACAUCCCUUUUAGAGAGUGGGCGACACCCAAUAAUUUUGGGUAAAAGGGUGACCGUUACUCCCUUCAAUGGUGUGUCACUCCCCACAAGAUAUGAUUCCGUAUUUGAAGUUAAUCAUUCAGAUCCCACUUGGGAUCGGUUGCGAAAAUG